UCGCUCCCAGCAGGCCCUGCGCGGGGAAAGAUGGCGGCGUCCAUGUAGAAAGGUCUUCUGGAAACCUAGGCGGUAUGGCGUUGGCGUCCGGGCCCGCUCUGCGAGCACUAGCUGGCUCUAGGAGGCUCGGCCUUGGCGGCUGCGGAGCCCCGAAACGCGGGGCGUACGAGUGGGGUGUGCGCUCCGCGCAGAAGCCCAAGCCUCGACACCUGCACCGGGUACACGAGAUCCCGGGGCUGGAGCCCAUUACCUAUGAGGGGAAGAUGCAUUUCGUCCCGUGGCUGGCGCAGCCGAUCUUCCCGCCGUGGGAACCUGGCUGGAACAACCCAUGGCUCCACCGCCGCCCGGCACCGAUCCACGAGCAUCAAUUGUACAAGGACCAGCCUUGCUACAUCUUUCACCAGCGUUGCCGACUCCUUGAGGGUAUGAAGCAGGCACUCUGGCUUACUAAGACCAAGUUAAUAGAAGGCCUUCCCAAGAAAGUACUAAAUAUUGUUGAUGAUCCCGCGAAUCACGUAGAAAACCAAGAUGAACGAGUUCUAGAUAUCAUCUCUCAUGCCCGUCUCUGGCACUCCACUGAGGACAUUCCCAAGAGAGAGACCUAUUGCCCAGUCAUUGUGAACAGCCUCAUACAGCUGUGUAAGUCCCAGAUUUGCAAGCACCCUUCUUUGGCCAGGCGGAUCUCUGCCCAAAAGUACUACUUGUGCACCACUUGGAACCGAGAGUCUCUUCUCCUUCAGGUCCGAGGUACUAGUGGUGCCAUACUGAGUGCCAAGGAUCCGCUGCCCACCAUUGCCUCCCCAGAGGAGGUCGAAGCUACCAGAAGUCAUGUUCUGGAAAACUUCUAUCCCAUCUCUCCUACCAUUGACCUUCAGGAAUGCCAUGUUUAUGAUGUGAAGGAUGACUCAGGAUUCCUGGAAGGCUAUCCUUACCCUCAUCCCCACACCUUGUAUUUUCUGGAGAACGCCAAUUUAAAGCCACACCGCUUUCUCCCAGAACAGCUAAGGGCCAAGAUGCUCCUGUUUGCCUUCGCGAAUGCCUUGGCUCAGGCCAGGCUCCUUUAUGGGCACACUGCCAAGGUCUUGGAGCAGCCCAUCGUCGUGCAGAGCGUGGGCACUGACGGCCGUGUCUUCCAGUUCCUAGUGUUGCAGUUGAACACCACAGAUCUGGCCUCUAAUGAUGGUGUCAAGAAUUUGGCGUGGGUGGACUCGGACCAGCUCCUUUACCGGCACUUCUGGUGUCGCCCAGUCAUCAAAAAGAAGGUGGUGGUGGAACCCGUUGGGCCUGUUGAUUUCCAGCCAGAGACAUUCAGGAAGUUCUUGGCUCUGCACUUGCAUGGUGCUGUGUGAGCUAAGAACCUUCUGGGGCCUGACGCCCUCCUACCUUGCUGCCUCUGAAGAGCUUGUGUCCUGCCUGGGAUGGCGGGGCCUGGGCCUGGGCGAGCCUCCCACUCCCUCACGGUCUGGUGGUCUCACUGGCAAUAAAGAGUGUUUGUGUUGCA